AUGGUUUCGAUAGACAGUCAAAAGUCUCCAUGGAGCCCAGAGGAUGCCAUGGAACUCAGAGGUAAGAUUUCUGAGGAAAACAAUCACUUGGAUCAUAUAUUCCAUGAUGAAAGUAGUAGCAGCGGAGAAGAAAGUUCUUUGGUAGGAACGAGAAUCGAUGGGUUCUUUGAUGCUGCUGCAGACAUGAUUCAACGUCAUCUUCGCAUCAAUGUAGAUGGCAACGAUGAGGAUUUUGAUAUCGAUCAUAUCGACGAUGAAGAGGACGAUGAAUAUGAUGACUAUGAUGGCGAUGACGACGAGUCGGAGGCCUUUGACUACUCUGUAUUCUCCAAGCACACAGUAGACUCGAUUACUAGUCAUCAUUCCGGUAGUCGUGCUUCAAAUCAUGACGCCGGUCUCCGAACCCAAGAUAAAGACUUGUCUAAAGAGAAAAAAAACAAAGGUCCAUCAGCUGAUAACGAAAAGAGCCUUCUGCAAUCCGGCGAGUCUGCAGAAACGAGUCAAAACUCAACUCGUUCCAUUGACGGAGCAAAAGGAAGAACCUACGAUGAGAAUCAAUCUUGCGAUGGACGCUGUAUCGACGAAAAAAGUUUUUCUGGCUUGCGCUCUAUUCAAGAAGACAACAUAGAUGAAGAAGAUUCAUCUGGGUCGCACUCUGCUCAAGAGACGACCGUUGAUGACGGAAGCGCCUGCAGUGGAAACAAAUCUUUUGGUGGACGCUCUUAUGACGAGAGAAGUUUUGCCGGACUGCGCUCUGUUCUGCAGCUAGAAAGUACUGACGACGACGGGGACGACGACAAUGAUGCUAAUAAUGCGUGGUUGCCCUCGUCUCAGCAGCAAUUUACUGACGAAAAAAGUGCUUCGGGUUUGGAAUCAACUGAAGAAGAUGCAAAUGAUGAAGGAAGCGCAUCGGGUUUUCAAUCAUUAGGCAUGCACUCUACUCAAGAGACCACCAUUGAAGAAGCAAGUACAUCGGGUUUGCAGUCUUUCGGCAUGCAUUCGACUCAGGAUACAACCAUUGAUGAAGGAACUACUUCAGGUUCGCGGUCUUUUGGUUUGCACUCGACUCAAGAAGCUACCAUUGAUGAAGGAACUACUUCAGGCUCAGGACCUUCUAACUUGCACUCUACUCAAGAAAGUACCAUUGACGAUGGAAGUACAUCAGGUUCAGGACCUUCUAACUUGCACUCUACUCCAGAAACUUCCAUUGACGAAGGAAGUAGAUCAGUUUCACAAUCUCUCGGUUUGCACUCUACUCAGGAGACUACAAUUGAUGAAGGAAGUACAUCUGGUUCUCAAUCAUUUAGUUUACACUCUACUCAAGAAACCACCAUUGAUGAGGGAAGCACAUUAGACUCUCCAUCUUUCGGCAUCCAAUCUAUUCAAGAAACUACUAUCGAAACAAGAAGUAGUUUCGGCUUGCGCCCGAUUCAAGAAACUCCUAUUGACGAAAAACUCAUAAAUGUUGACGACUUCCCAAAAGAGGAGGGCCUGUUUGGGGCACUCUCUACUAACAAAAGGCGAUUUCACAACGGCCAAUCUCGCAAAGGUGUCCACUCUAUGAACGAGAUCACCUGCCGUAAGGGACAUCUUUCCGACGGACCGUCUCAUGCUACACGCUCGGAUGACAGUCGCUCUAAUUGUGAAACUACCUACGAUGAAGACACCCGUAACACUUCGCAUGACUCCGAUUCUGCCUACUUUACCGAUGAAUAUACAAACUACGAUACAACUUUUACCCAAAGUACUAUGACAUCCAAGUACUAUCCGGAAGUCAAGGUUAAUGAAAGAAAAAAAUCUCUUGAGAAGACAAAGAAGGAACCGGAAAAGUCAGGCUUCUACAUACCAAAAAAGACUCGAGAUAGAGUGCAGCACAAUCCAGGAUCUAGAUUUGUUGACGUGAGAGACUAUUAUAUCUAUUCUGACGAGAAUUCAAUUGUCACGCAAUCUUCCUUUAAAAAGAAGGAUGUGAAAGCCCCCUCAUCCAAGGGACAAACAAAAUCAUCUGACCCAAAGAGACGAACAAAAUCUUCCCCGCAAAAGAGGAGAAUGAAGGUGAAGCGUUCCACACUUAUCGAUAAGGAGAUAAAAGAGAACGAAUCAUAUACUGAGGACUACAGUAUGGGUUGCAGUAUGGAUGAACAUACCACUGUUCAAUCUGCAAUCAAACGUAAUGGGCGUAAAAUGAAGCCAUAUCGUACAUCUCCUCACCUUCGAGCAAUCAGCGAUGAUGUAUCGCAAAUCACAAUGUCCGUCGCAAUGUCAAAUAGCUACAUGGACGAGAGUUUCGAUGGGACGAACAGCCUCACAACACAUCAAUCACACUUCGAGAAUCCGUUAGAGACAUGUGAAGAAUGCAGUCAAGACUACACAGCGACGGAACUAGACACUUCCUCCGUUGCUCUACUUUCUGGUCACUCCAAUCUGGACGAUGAUCGAAGUGGAAAGAAAGACUCUGUUUUCGACCAAAUUCGAGAUAUGGUGUGGCGAAAGAAAAAGGACAAGAAGGAAAAAGAGAAUACGAGGUCACAGGACUUGGAGCAAGAAGGCUUGAAUCAAGCCAGGCUGCUUGAGAUUGUGAAGAGAGAAGCAAAGCUGGAAGAAGCCGCAUGGAAGCGAAUAGAACGCAGGCAGUCAGAACGAAAAGAUGCAGACAUAAGACCGCAAGUACAGUCAAACUCUGAAUUCAACCGCUUUGCAUUGAAGCAGUCUUUCGCUAUCGAAAAACUUGAUGAAAGUUUCUUUUCACAGCAGAAUGGCGAUAAUUCGUUAAUCGACUCAAUGCCGUUUGCCGAAGAUUCCAAAUCGACGGUCUCGAAUGCCACCUCUGAUUCGGUCCUAAUGUAUAAUCGUGAACGGAGUCAAUUAUUGCACAACCGAAGAAUGGCACGUAACAUACGACAGAGUCCUUCGAAGAGUACCGAAGACAAGAUCCAUAAGACUACCUGGAGAUCAUCUGUGUCAGAUGUUGGGGUAAGCACCCUCGACAAUCAUGAAAAGGCUCUUGAAGGAUUUUUGACAAGAAAGCCAGCAUCUAUGGAACAAGGCGACGUUCUUGCCAGAAUACCUGCCCGUGGUAGUACGCCAAGGGAUAAGUUACGGGCUCGCAUGUUAGCAAGGAGCAAGUUUGCAGCCAUCGAUUCAGCCAAGGUGAAAAGAGAUUUUUUUGAAAAAUCCGCGAAAUGCACGGAGCAGGUGCAGGCUUAUGGUAUAGUGACAAAAAGGAAUGCCUUAAAGUACAAAGCUCGUGCGGCGAGCCCUGCUGCUUUGAGCUCUACUGGUAUUCUCAAGACUAUGGCUCCACAACUGCCUAUAAAACCAGUCCAUCGAUUGGCAUUGGACUCCCCUGCUUCAUCAGCCUUGAAGGCCAAACGAGUCUCAUUUGCAACACCUGAAAAGUUCGAGUUUGUCAUGAAAGAAGAUCUAGAACAGUUGCCCCUCCAAUCAAAAGGCAGCAGCCCGAAGUUGAACGAUUCAUUUGAUCAGCUAGUGCAGAAACGUCGCCAUCAGCGGUCGCCGUUCCAAAAUGCAAAGAAAAUCAGCGGUCCCACCACCCAGAGAAGCCAGCCAGUAACGCCGAAUCUUUACAGGAAUCAAUCGCCAAGGCUGUUACCUCCAAGUGGUUCAAAUAACUCUUCCCCAACUUCCGUCUUAGAUCUUCCUUCGCCAGAGGACUCCUAUUCAGGGAGCCCAAGAAUCGCAAACCUUGAGCUUCUUGAAGAGCAGAAAGCGAAGAAGUUAGUGUAUGGUGAUGAUGAUGAUGAUGAUGAUGUUUCAUCGGAGCAAUCAUCAGUGUUGAUGGACUUGUCCGUAGUAUAG